AUCUUAGAUAGGGCGAAGACGGUGAAGUUAUUGUUGUACCGCGAGUGCGAAAUAUAAGAUAAAUCGCCGAAAAUAAAUGUAUUCGGCAUGAGGACAUGUGUUUAGUGAAUAUUUAACGUCAAUAGUCAUAAUGGAGGAGGAAUAUGUUGACGCGCAGGACUCUGGAAUGAACGAAGCGGUGAACCGUGGUAGUGAUGGUAACGACAAUAUUGGUGAUGGCUCGAAGGAUUUCGGUGAUAUGAGCUAUGAUGAUGGCUAUGAAGAUGACGACGGAGGCAACGGAUUCCGUGGCGGCCGCGGGCGUGGCAAUUUUAGAGGACGAGGCCGCGGGCCGCCCCCGGGCUGGAUGAACGGCCCGCCGCCGAUGCGCUUCCGCGGACGCGGCUACGGGCCCGGCGGGCCGCCCAUGCGCGGCCGCGGCUUCUUCCGCGGGCGGCCUCGCUUCAACAAUAACUACGACACCAACUGGGGGCCCAUGCCGCCGCCCAUGAUGGGCGGGCCGUUCGGCCCCCCGCCGCACGGCAUGAUGGGCCCGGGGCCGAUGGGCCCGCCGCCGAACAUGAUGGGGCAGCCGCCCUUUGGGCCGCCGCCCAAUAUGCCGCCUCCUAAUAUGCCAGCACCAGAACUUUGGGUAGAGACUAAGUCGGAAGAAGGCAAAUCGUACUACUACCACGCGCGCACACGCGAGACAACCUGGACGAGGCCGCAGGAGUCUCCAACGUGCAAGGUCAUCACACAAGCUGAGAUGGAAGCCAUGGCUGCCGCAGGUCAAAUGCCCCCCGGCGGCAUGGCCAACCCCGCCGGCAUGGGCAUGGGCGGGCCGCUGGCCGGCAUGGGCGGCAUGGCGCCCGGCAUGAUGCAGCCGCCCGGCGCGCUGCCGCCCUUCAUGACGCAGCCCCCGCCCUGGCUUAAAGAUGGAGGCAAGCCGGAGAACAAGCCAGAAGCGCGCAGCCCCAGCGAGAAUGACGACUCGCCGCCCGGCGAGCGCUCGCCCGCCCUGCAGCCGCCCAACGGCAAUAUGAAGUUCCCGCCAUCUGCAGGCGCCCCGGGCGCGUUCCAGACGGGCGCCGGCCCGCCGCCGCAGGGCUUCGCGCCGCCGCAGGGCUUCCCCAACAACCCCCCGCCAGGAUUCAACAAUCCACCCGGCUUCGCCGGCGUGCCCGGUGGGCCGGGCGUGCCCGGGGUCCCCGGCGCGGCGGGAGGUCCGGGUGCGGUGCCGGGCGGUCCGGUGCCGGGCGGUCCGGUCCCGGGCGGUCCGGUCCCGGGCGGCCCGGGCGGCAUGUCGGGCGCGUGGGGCGGCUGGGGCGGCUGGCCGCCGCCGCUCGUCGCGCAGCCGCCGCCUAACUUGUCUAACGCUAACGUUCCUAAUGCCGGAGCAGCAACAGCCGUGCCCGGGACCUCCGAGCCGGUCGAACAACCGGUAGCAGUGCAGCCACCACCAAAAAAAGAAGAAACGGUGGUCCCGCCCGCGCUGGCCGCGGCGGCGGCGGAGUGGAGCGCGCACCGCGCCCCGGACGGGCGCCCCUACUACUACAACGCCGGCAAGGGCGAGAGCGUGUGGGAGAAGCCCAAGCCCAUGAAGGACCUCGAAGAGUUACAAGCCAAAAUAGCAGAGGAGAAGGGCGAAAAACCAGAAAAAGACAAAAUGGAUAUCGACGGAAAAGUUGAAGUUCUCCCAGUGAUCGACGUAGAAGCGCACGCGGAGGCGGCGGCCGCGGCCGAGGCGGAGCGAGUCCGUCUGCAGCAAGAGCGGGACACGGCCGACCGCGAGGCGGCCGAGCGCGAGGCGGCGGAGCAGGAGAAGAAAGAGAAAGAGGAGAAGGAAAAGGAGAAAGCGAAGAGGAAGAACAAGCCGAUAUCAAUUAUGCCUAUUUCUGGGACGCCCUGGUGCUUGGUGUGGUCGGGCGACGGGCGCGUGUUCUUCUACAACCCGACGGCGCACACGUCGUUCUGGGAGCGACCCGAGCAACUCAUCGGCCGCGCCGACGUGGACCGCGCCAUGGCCUGCCCGCCCGCCGCCGUCACGCAGUAUUUCCAACGGAAGGAGGCGUCAACAACGCCGACGACGCCCAAGCCCGCCAACGGCGAGCUGAAGCGAUCCGCCGACUCAUCUAGUGACGACUCCGACGCUGAACCCGCCAAGAAGGCCAAGCCUGAAGAAGCAGCAGCGAAGAAGCCGGCGUCGACGACGUCCUCGUCCCUGAUCGACGCGGGCAAGGAGGCGCGCAUCGAGGCGGAGGCGCGAGCGGCGCGCCAGCGGGCCCUCGUGCCGCUCGACCAGCGCGUGCGCGUGUUCCGGCAGAUGCUGCAGGAGCGGGACGUGUCCGCCUUCAGCACCUGGGAGAAGGAGCUCAAGAAGAUCGUGUGCGACUGCCGGUACCUGCUGCUCACCUCCGAAGAGCGCAAGCAGGUCUACAACAAGUACGUGCGCGAGCGGGCCGAGGAGGAGCGCAAGGAGAAGAAAAACAAGUUGCUGCAAAAGAAAAACUCCUACAAGCAGCUCAUGGAAGAGGCCAAGCUGCACUCCAAAUCGUCGUUCAAUGAGUUCUCGAGCAAGCACGGGCGCGACGAGCGCUUCAAGGGCAUCGACAAGCCGCGCGACCGCGUCACCUACUUCAACGAGCACGUCGCCGAGCUGCGCAAGCGCGAGAAGGACGACAAGGAGAGGAAGCGGGAACAGGCUAAGACCGACUUCAUAGCCUUACUCAAGGAAAAGUCCAUCGACCGACACGCGCGUUGGGCCGACGCCAAGAAAAAGGUGGACAGUGAGGCGAGAUACAAGGCUGUGGAAAGCAGUACGCUGAGAGAAGACUACUUUAGAGAGUACUGCAAGAUUGUCAAAGAGGAGAGGAAGAAGGAUAAGGAUCAGAAAGAGAAAGAGCGUGACCGCAGCAGCAGCAAGAAGGAGAAGAAAGACAAGGAACGAGACAAGGACAAGGACAAAGAAAAGGACAAGGAGGAGAAGCGAGACAAAGACGGCAAGAAGGAUAAGAAAAAAGAGAAGGCUAGCGAGCCGGAAGCAGCGACGGGCUCCGAGGCAGAGGCGGAGGCGGACCCGGAAGCGGAGGCGGGCAGCGACGCGGAGUCGGAGGCGGCGCGGGAGCGGGCGGCGCGCGCGCAAGCGUCCAUCAAGGAGCGAGAGAGAGAGGUGCAGCGCGCGCUGGCGACCAGCCUGCGAGACAGGGACAAGGAGAGGGAGUACCAUAAGAGGGACGAGGCGGUGCAGCACUUCAACGCGCUGCUGGCGGACCUGGUCCGCAACCCGGACCUGGCGUGGCGCGAGGCCAAGAAGCAACUGAAGAAGGACCACCGAUACACUGCCGCAGAGCUGCUCACCAAAGAAGACAAGGAGCGUCUAUUCGCUUCGCACACUGGCACACUAGCGACGCGGCGACGCGACAAACUACGCACUUUACUCACCGAGAUGGGCGUCGCCCCCACCGCGCACUGGAGGGACGUGCGCGCGCGACUCCGGGCCGAGCCCGCGGCACCCGUCUACACCAGUGCAGACAAGAUGGAGCGCGAAUUCCGCGACUUCCAGCGCGACAGACAGAGCGCAGCCAAAACUGCCUUGCGACAGUUAUUGCAAGAGACCAGAUCCAUCACACACAAGACGUUAGCUAGCGUGAAGGAUGCAGCCGGGGGCGAGCAGCUGCAGCCAGUACACGACAUGCUCAAACACGACGCCAGAUACCUCGCGCUGGAGCACAUACCGGAGGAGCGAGCGAGCAUCAUCGAGCAGUACGUGUCGGAGCUGGCGCACAAGGGCCCGCCGCCUCCGCCCACCGCCACCGAGCCCUCACGCCGCUCCAAGCAGUGACAGUUGCAGGAGGCGGGCGCGCACGCGCAUGCGCACGGGCAUGCGCACGCGCACGGACACGCGCACGCGCACGCUGCGCCCGCGCCGCCGCCGCCGUGGCCGCGCGUGUACUUGACUCGCCUUCCUCUCUAACGAUUCCAACGUUGCACU